AUGAAGGGGAAGGUUGGUAAAGGCCGUCAUGGUGGCUUCGCUGAACGAUCGCUGUUGACUUGUCAUAUGAGAUCGGUGAAGCUGUCGAAGCGGGUGGAGCAGUUUUCCAAGGAUGUCAGCGAUAUCCUUUCAGAAAGUCAGUUCGUAUUGAAUUCUGAAGUCAUCAAGCUUCGGGUUGCUCGUGCCCCACAGGCCAUGGGCCUCGCUCUUCAACUGACCCAAGUCAGUACCAAGGGGCGCAUGCAGAUCACAGUAAGCGCCGCAUUUAUGAAUCAUCAAGCCAACUUUCUUGCAAAACUUGCACAAUGGUGUCUGGCUGAGCCGCCGUUGCUUGUCAUAAAGCAUUUCAAGUGGGAUGAGACGCAGCUUCAGUGUACUAUGAAUGCUGACAAGUCUGGUUGCCGUGUUCGCUCCAGCUGGCAAGUCUUGGUUUGUCGUAUGAGGUUAGUGGUGGUUUGGCCCAAUGGCACCAAUGUUGUGUGCCGAGUGGUGAUGCCUCCGGUGACACUUCUGGCGACAGGUGCGGAGCAUCAGUAUUACGCACUGCUGCACCACCCAGCUUACAAGUGCAUAAAUGCACUUGUGGGGCUGCUUCGAAGAACUGCACUUGUCAACAUCGACAUAGCUGAGACAGACGGUGCAAGCAGCAACUUGAGGCUGUUGGCACAUCUGUCUCAGAAGGCCAAGUUGAGUGUUUUCGGGCCGCCAGGCUCACGGCAUCCUGUCCUGUUUGCACAUUGCAGAUGCAUGAAUCAUGCGGUGCAGUUGAACAAUGCUGCACUGUUGGGGCUCAUCGGUUCUAAUUCAUUGAACAGGAUUUACGGACUCACUGUAUUCAUCCGCAACCUGGGGUAUUGGCUUCGAAUGAGACAGGCUGUCCGUUCUUGGCUUGAUCGAAAUCUGGUUUUUCGCCAGCAGGUUACUGCUAGCGACGUCGCCUCACACGUUCAGCCGAAUCCUGCACUACGUGAAUUGAUCAGCUACCUUCGCUUUUGGAAAAAGCUUGAUAAAGACUGUCGCUCACCGGAAGAUGAACGCAGAGAGACUGCUCAGGACGACGGCGAAUCCGCUUUUGAUCGUGCAGCAGCUACUUUCUUGGACAUGUUUAACGGACCCAUUGUCGGCCCCCCGUGUCACAUCUGUUCCAGCUUGGAUGUUUCUGUUGGUCAGCGACAUUGCUCUCAUCGGGAGUCAGCAGUGCGGAAAUGCGCCGAGGCCAUGAUAGACUUGUUCCUGACCUCGAUGCCGGCGGUUUCCAAGUUAGCAGACAUGGUGGGCAAGUGGCUGGUUGUGCAAGAAAAAGGAAGUGAGAACUUACAGGCAUUGCCGGCUGUUCGCGAGCGGAUGGAGAUGGUGAGAUCCAAGGUCAUGGAGCUAUAUUCCGUGCUUCAGGAGGUUAUGCAGUUGAAGUACAAGCACAGCUUCGAGAAGAUGGCUGCCGAUGUCGCAAAGUUGGUCAAGGGUGGCACACAAGAGGAGAUGACUGGCUUGACAUCAUCCAUUUCCACAUCAUUCGCACAGCUGAGCGCUUUCCAGCCUUUCAGUAAAGUCGGUCUUGUGAAGAUCUUGGGCAAGACGCUGGCUGAGGCAUCGAGGGAGUUGGAUGGCAUCGUACAGACGGUGGCAAAGUGUGCCACGAGCCUCCAGGCGGCGUUCCCCCAGGUCGCAGAUUUCAUCGCCAAAAAAAACACGAAUGAGGAGGUGCUCGCCGACCAGCCGCUGGCGGAUGUCUUUGCGAUCUUCUUUGAUGCUGGGUCAAAGAAAGUGAUUGGCCGCACCGUGCCGUUCCUCGAAGUUUCCUUCUCUCUUCUACAAGAAGGCAUGACAAGAUCCAUUUGCGGAUGGCUCGCACAGACAUCUGCGACAUACGCCGCCUUCCUGGAGCAGUUGUUGCAGCCAGAAGUCAAUGCUGAUGCUUCGUUUAGUGUAGAUGUUCUGGGUGACACGACCUCUUUGUCGGAGACAGCCGCAGGGGAAACACAGGAUUGCAAGCAGACCUUGAACUUCGGCUUCGUUUUCCACUCCUAUGUCAAGCACAUCGGCAAGGAGCUUGUGGACAUCGCCGUGCACGGCGCCCAGGAGGGGAAGUCCAGGCGAGUCCAUGCAGUCUUCCCGUGCCUGGCUGGAGCUCUUCUAACGGUCGCUAAGAUGGCUGUGGUGGAUUUCGAGGCCAUGCUGUCCGCUUCCCGCGAGAUCGUCGGCGAGCUCGACGGCAUCGACGCCUACUACAAGCAGCUCCAGAAAAUCAUGAAGGACCACGUUGCUGAUGUCAUUAGCAAUUUUGGCAGGGAGAUCGGGGAUGUGCAGCUUUCGCUUGCAAGCUUGUACCAACAGGUUGCCAGCAAACAUAGCCUAGACAUGUUCGGACAAGAGGUCCUUGACAAGAAGGCUGUUGAAGCUUUGUGUUUGGACCCCUCCAUGAGGCAGAUUGCUAUGACUUCCAGUAAAACAGAACGAUUCUUCAUCGACUUGAUCGGGCUCUUGCAGGAUGUGCAAGGAUUGCCGACUCCUUCGUGGGUGGGUGAAGCUUCCAAGGCAUUGGUUAGCGGUGUCGUGACCGAUGCGAAGAAGUUGCUUGCCCAGGACGUGGAGUGCCAUGCAGCGAGGCGG